UGGGAUGAAAUUGCCAAGCUAAGACUGGAAAUGGACUCAGUAAAAAAUCAGACCCUGGAAAUGGGAAAAGAAUAUUUUGAGGACAUUGCAAUUGGCAAAGAAAAGACAAUAACAGAAAGAGUAUCUCAACACAAUGCACAGCUUGAAGUUCUGAGAGCUGAGCUUAUGAUGCUAAACCAUAAACUGGAGAUUGAACAACAAAACAGAAGAAGACUGGAAGCACAAGUUGAAUCA